GCAAUGGUGCAUUCAGUGACAGAAGUGUACGAAAACCUUCAUGCUAACUUUAUCAUAUUACAAUGAUUCAGUCGAUGAGUUGAUCUUCAACGUAAUACAGUGCAAAAUGGUGUCCGCAAAGUUGUUUUUGACUGCAACAAUUCUCAUCACGUCUUCGCUCUCCGCUAAUGCCGGACUGUUGGACUAUAUUUACCCUACUAUUAUGAGCACGUUCUACAGUCUUGUGCCCACAAAAGAGGGCUAUCGAUUCAAGCAGGAGGACCCAAAUGGCAGUUCACGAGAGGAGAUUGGUGUUAUUAUGAACCCAGGCACGCCGGAUGAGGAAUUGGUGAUAAUGGGCAUGUACACAGUGUAUGAUGAGAAGACAGAAAUCGAGACGAUGACGAUGUAUACAGCCGACAAAAAUGGUUAUCAACCACGUUUUAAAUUGAAAAAUCGUAAAUUAAGUUCCAAGCUUUUAAUGACUUCCACUGGUUAAGUGGUGUAGAUUGUUAGAAAGCCGCAUAAAUUUCAUUCCAUUGUUGUAGUAAUGCUUACGUUGAAUAUUAUCAUAACUAUGUUUCAUUAAUCUCUGAAUGUUCACAAAGAGGAGCUAUUUUUAGGAGUUAUUUUUUAUAUAAUUAAAAAAUUAUUUAAUAAUAUAUCAAAGAAAAAAAAAUAGUUUUAAAAAUUUCGGAUUCGGCGUCAGUUCCUCAAUAUCUCAAAUAUCGAUACUAAUUCAGCUCUCUUCAUUAACAAUUUAAUUUAACAAAGUCAGUCAUUCACUCAAAAGCUCUCCAAUUCACGGGAGGAAGCGUAAGCAUUGAAACUGGUAAGAGUUGUACUUUCAUUGAGCUUUCACUUAAUACCAAUAAACUAAACGCUGUAUUAUUAAAGUUGUU